AUGAGACAAGUUAAUAAUUGGCAUUCAAUUCCUGUAGAUCCACAGGAUUUCAAUUUGUUUUCGACUUUAAAUAGUGGUCAAGCUUUCCGCUGGAUUUUUAAUUCAACUCUGAAUGAAUGGCAUGGAGUAAUAAAUGGUCACUUAUGGAGAUUACGUCAAAUGGAGGAUUCUAACCCAGUUGAAUAUUAUUUUGAGAAAAAUUUGGGUAUAAAAUUAAACGAUGUUCCUUUUGAUUUACGUGAUUACUUUAGAUUGGAUAUGAAUUUAUCUGAUCUUGUGAAGGAAUGGUCUUUGAAGGAUGAAUGGUUUGAGAAUCGUUUCUCUAAAAAUUGUCAAAUGGAUACAGCUCGUGGUUUACGCUUAUUAAGACAAGAUCCAGAAGAAACACUAUUCUCUUUCAUUACAUCAGCUAAUAAUAAUUUAACAAGAAUUACUAAAUUACUCUGUAAAUUGUGUAGUGAAUAUGGUAAUCCAUUGUACUUGGGAAAUGGUGAUCUAAGGCAUUGGACAUUUCCAUCACUUGAAAUACUUGCACAACCUGGAAUGCAGGAUAAUUUGAAAAAAAUUGGUUUUGGUUAUCGUUCCAAGUUUAUUACGCUUGCUGCUAACUGGCUUUUGAAAAAUGGAGGUCGAUCUCGUCUACUUGAACUUCGUUCCAUGUCCCAUUUUGAAGCUCAGGCAUUUCUGCUUCAAAUACCUGGAAUCGGGAAGAAGGUUGCAGAUUGUAUAUGUCUUAUGUCGUUAGAUAAAUUAAAUGUUGUCCCUAUCGAUGUUCAUAUGCAUCGUGUUGCACGUGAGAAAGGAAUUCCUGAAGCAUCCUGUAAAAAUAUGACUACAAAAUCAUAUGAUAUUAUCUCAAAGUCUCUUAGUGAUUUUUGGGGAAAUUAUUCUGGAUGGGCACAAACGAUUCUUUUCUAUACUCGUAUGAUGGAAUCGAAACCUAAUAAAAAACUAAAGCAACAAAUCAGUCGUGUUGAUAUCAACAUUUAGAUUGUUAAACACAGGAGAGUGAAAUUAAAUGAAUUUUGAUUUAUUGUUCACCACCUCAGUUACUACUGAACAUUUAAAUUUGAAUAUUAUUUAAACUAAUUUGUCUUGGAAACUUUAUUUAUAGAUACUGGAUUCUAACAAAUAAAAUUAUACCUUGAAGUGAAUAAUAAUUUUUAAAUUCAUUAUUGUUUGCGUGACACACAAACUUCAAAUAGUUUACUAAUCAUUUUUUCAUCUUCCUUUGUGUAGUUUAUAUAUAAUUUACAUUUUAAUUCAUUUCUGGUAGUUAACCUAGAUUUUGAGCGGUUUAUUCAUGGUGAAUUAGGUUGGUUCUGGAUAGUGAUAUAACUUUAUUGCGAAGAUAAUAGUAAUGUUAACGAUCUUUUCAAUUUCGUUACUUGCUUAUUUCUACUUGUCCCACCGAUUUUCUAGUCUUACUGUCGA